UGGGAAGAAACAGCUGAUACUUGGAAAGCUGAGCGGCAAGUGGCAGGGCCAGCGGAGAGGCUGAUAGGUGACCUGAAGGGCUGGUGGAACAACGAUAGUAAGUACCAGAUGGUAUUUACACAGGAGGAAAAACAUGUGACCUUUACUAAGACGGACUUCAGAUAAAGAGCCUGGUCUAAAUCUGUGUAUGCUGUACAUAAGAUAGUGAGCACAUGAGGCAAGCUGGACUGGGAGCUUAGAGUGUGUUCAUAGUGAGAGAGUGGACCACAGGGUACUGUUGGCUCAAGGGCAGGGCUGUAGAAGAUUGGGCAGACUGAACUGGCUGUUAUAAUAGCUGGCUAUACAUAUUAAGUAAAUACAGCCGCUCAGUGACCAAGUUUUCCAUAUCUACAGGAGACUAUGACUGGCCAGAUACACACCUGAUGUAACUAAGAACAUCGAUCUCUGGAAAUAUAGCUGCAACAAUACAGAAAAUUCACACACCAGACGUAUUUGCCAAGCCACUGGAUCAACUGGAAGAAGUUCUCAGCUCUCUAUACACAGACCAGAACCACUGGUUACUACACUCCUCUCAACUGCUGAAACUUUCCAAAUGGAGCAGGAGCAGAAAAACACUGCUGUCAACGUGGCCACAGUAGACACAAAUGACUCCAAAGUGGACCAAGAGGACGCAGAGGUGGACCGAGAUGACCUAAUCAUCCCCCCAGAUGGAGGUUGGGGAUGGGUAGUGGUGUUUUCCUCGUUUCUCAUUCACAUCCUGGCGGACGGCAUUGUCUACUCAUUUGGGAUAUUCUAUGUGGAAUUCCUGGAGGAUUUCAAAGGCAGCAAGGGGGAGACAGCAUGGGUGGGAUCCUUGGUCCCUGGGAUCACUUUAUUAACAGGUCCAGUGGCAAGUGCCUUCACAUCCAAGUACGGUUGCCGGGUGACAACAAUAGCAGGGGCCGCACUGGCUGCUGUGGGGUUCAUUGUCAGCAUUUUUUCUCCAAACUUAUACAUGCUGUACUUUACAUUUGGAAUUGUUGGAGGUCUAGGGUUUGGUCUGAUCUACCUCCCAGCCAUCGUCAGUGUGGGAUUCUACUUUGAGAAGCGCCGUGCGUUUGCCACUGGCCUUGCAGUGUGUGGGAGUGGGCUGGGCACCUUCAUCUUUGCCCCCUUCUCCACUGAGUUAGUCCAUGAGUAUGGCUGGCGGGGGGCUGUCCUCAUACAGGCUGGUCUUAUCCUCAACUGUAUUCUGUGUGGUGCUGUAUUCAGACCUUUAUAUUCAGCCCGAGAGCAGCGUGAAAUGAGGGAGGCACGUAUUGAGAAACGUUUGAGAAAGAAAUUAGGUAAAAUAGACAAAGAUGGAGAUGUUAAAGCUGCCACAGUGAAGAAUGGACAGGGGUCAGCACAGAAGCCGUUGUUACGGAGCCGUAGCACUGCAUCUGAGUCCCACACAGUAACAGUUCAGACACCACUGCCGCCAUCUAUGAUCAAAAGUGAGAGUGAUAUUCGCAGUGGCAAUGUUAUAGUGGAAGACCCGCGCUCACCCUCUGUUGUUCGUAGUCUGUCUCACCUUGGCUUUAAGCCACACCACACUGUCAUGCAGAGGAAAGAUGUCCUCUAUGUGGGAAGUCUGCGUAAUAUCCCUCUUUAUCGUUCCAAUGUCAGCGUCUACCAGGCAAGUGUUUUGUCAAUACCUCAUGUAGUUCCACCUUCAGAAACAGAUGAACCGGUGGGCUUCUGCACUCAGAUGAAGGACUCUUUCCUUGAAAUGAUGGAUUUCACCCUCCUCAAGGACUGGGUCUUCAUCAUAUUUGCCAUUUCCAACUUCCUGACCAGUAUAGGGUUCAAUGCCCCCUUCAUCUAUAUCCCAGACCGUGCUCUGCAGGAAGGCUAUGAUGAACACUCUGCGGCCUGGCUGCUGUCAGGAGUUGGCAUAGGAAACACUGUAGGCAGGAUUGUGUUUGGUCUGAUGUCUGACUGGAAGUGGGUGAACAGACUCUGGCUGUAUAACAUUACCCUGACCAUAUGUGGUGUAGCCACCGUGUUCAGCUCUUUUAUGAAGUCCUACCCUCUGAUGAUGGUGUAUGCUUGUACAUUUGGCUGCUUUAUAGGUGCCUAUGUUGGCUUGACCAGUGUGAUAUUGGUGGACUUGCUGGGCCUGGAAAGACUGACUAGUUCCUUUGGACUUGUGCUAAUGUUCCAGGGGAUUGCCACACUCAUUGGUCCUCCUAUUGUGGGAUGGGUGUUUGAUGGCACCAAUAGUUAUGAUAUAGCCUUCUACAUCACCGGGUCCAUGGUGGCCCUCAGUGGAAUGAUGCUGUUUGUAAUCCCACAAGUGCAGCGCUGGCAGGACAAGAAGAGGGGCGUCACCAAAAAAGAGAUUGAAAUGGGGAAGAUUGUUUCACCAGAUCAACCUAUAACUCCUGAAGCCCAAAGUGUUUAGGAUGUUUCCUAAGAACAGAAAAUCAUGAUGUCUUCGAAAAUUAUAGAGGAAUUUAGAAACUGUUGUUUAAAAAACAUGGGAUACAUGACAAUGACUGUCUCUUGGAUAUUUUUUUCUAUUAUAGAAGAGAAAAAAUGUGAGAACACACUGCAGGUGUUGUUCGUGAAAAACAAAUGUUUAAGGAAGAUAAAUAUCACCUGAUAAGAGAUUAUCAGAGAUGCUCUACUCUCUUGGAACACCUGUCCUAGACUAGAAUAGGACAGUUUUUAACUAACAAAACUGGUUGAUGGCUUUCUAUGAAAACAUCUCAUGCUGUUUUGUAGCAUCUAACUCUUCCUGCUGUCAGCAUCUGGAAACUGCCAUUCAUUGGGUCACAAUGUGCACUCCAACACAGUGGUAAACCUGGACUGGUUGAGAUGACCAGCCAGGUGAACUCUGUGGGAUAACCGGCCAUGUGAACUCUGCGGGAUGACCGGCCAGGUGAACUCUGCGGUAUGACCAGGCAGGUGAACUCUGCAGGAUGACCAGCCAGGUGAACUCUGCGGGAUGACCAGCCAGGUGAACUCUGCAGGAUGACCAGCCAGGUGAACUCUGCGGGAUGACCAGCCAGGUGAACUCUGCCGGAUGACCAGCCAGGUGAACUCUGCGGGAUAACCAGCCAGGCGAACUCUGCGGGAUGACCAACCAGGGGAACUCUUCAGGAUGACAAGCCAGGUGCACUUAGGAUGACCAACCAGGUGAACUUUGCGGGAUGACCGGCCAGGUGAACUCUGCGGGAUGACCAGCCAGGCAAACUCUGCGGGAUGACCAGCCAGGUGAACUCUGCGGGAUGACCGGCCAGGUGAACUCCCAUGGGAUCAGAAAAAUAUUGUCAAUUUAGAGCACAUUCAGAAUUGAUGAUUUGUGGUAUAAAAAUGGCCAACCCCACUUCUAAGCAAGCUGCCUAAUCCCCUAAUGGUGUUCCCGCCUCUAUAUGUGCCAAGAAAUGGAUUAAAUCUUGGCUCCGGGGUUUAAUUGCUAGACCCCUGCAGGAAUGAAACGUGUAGAGGUGACCAUCAGGGAAUAAAGUGGUAUUGCUUUUAUGUGGGUUGAACAUAUUUGGAUCAACUUACUCUGAAUGUGCUUUUAGAGUAAAUUAUUAUAUUAUUUAACAUGUUAUUAGAUUUAAAACCUUAUUGUUGGACCAGAGGCAGUCUAGGUGUAUGUGUGUGUCUGCACAUGAGAGUGUGUGUGUUCUAGUACUUGUCCAUGUGAGUAUUAAACAGAAGCUUACUUCAGAGAACCAGGGUUUGAAAACAUGAGUUAAUUAUCCUAUGAAGAGAUAAACCAGUUAUAAGACCUGAUAUUUUAGUGAGCCAUUGAUUAAUGUGAGUUUGUUAUAUCUUAUAUAUGAUUGUAUAUUGAUUGGGAAUUUAUGUCCCAUGCAGUAAUAAUUAUACCAUAUGCAUAUAUUGAUUGGGAAUUUAUGUCCCAUGCAGUUAUAAUUAUGCCAUGUGCAUAUAUUGAUUGGGAAUUUAUGUCCCAUGCAGUUAUAAUUAUGCCAUAUGCAUAUAUUGAUUGGGAAUUUAUGUCCCAUGCAGUAAUAAUUAUACCAUAUGCACAUAUUGAUUGGGAAUUUGUCCCAUGCAAUUACAUUUAUACUAUAUUGUAAUUUUCCAAUGACCUGUGAAUGCCAGCAGAUAGCCAGAAUACCUCAUAAGAACUUUUAAUUGGUUGCUGAUCUCAUUCACUUGCGCUUACAAAUGUAGCUUUAAAUAUUUUUAAAAUUUAAAUCUUUUAAAUGUUUUACAGUAUUUCUAUCAGAAAAUUCUUUAACAAAUGGUUAUUCCAUAGCUUUGUAUGGGUGUUGAAGACAACAUAGAUAUUACCUCAUCAGUGAAAUUAAUGUUUAUGAUUUUAAUCAAGUUUACAUAUAAACUGCCAUAUUCUAUCCUCACAGAUAUUUUUCAUUAUAAAGUAAUAGUAAGGAUUACUUACCAAUAUACUCCAGUAUUUUUGUUGUGUGCUGUGCCAUAUUAAUUGUCUCAUUUGUUUACCAGAAAGUUUGUAUAUCAUGAUUAUUUGUUGUGAACCAUUAUAAUUACAUUUUCAAUGUAGUUCAACCUGUCCAUCAUGUAACACUCAGCCUGCUAACAUUGUAUGUAACUCAUAUAACACUCAGCCUGCUAACAUUGUAUGUAGGGUGGUCAACAGAACAAGGAUCAGGGCCUGCUAACAUUGUAUGUAGGGUGGUCAGCAGGACAAGGACCAGGGCCUGCUAACAUUGUAUGUAAAGUGGUCAACAGAACAAGGAUCAGGGCCUGCUAACAUUGUAUGUAGGGUGGUCAGCAGGACAAGGACCAGGGCCUGCUAACAUUGUAUGUAAGGUGGUCAACAGAACAAGGAUCAGGGCCUGCUAACAUUGUAUGUAGGGUGGUCAGCAGGACAAGGAUCAGAGCCCAUUGUUAUAUUUACACAAUGUUUUUUUAUGUUGGCCCAGUAUCGCACUCCCUUCUGUUACUAUGGAGGAACUGGUUGGUUGGAUCCAGCAUUUGAUCUUUCUAGCAAUUGUCUCAUGUUUGCCUUUUGUUGUGCCAUAUUUAAUUUUUGCUUAACAUGCUUAAAGAAGUGUUGUUGUUAAAUUGAUUCCUUACUAAUAUACCUCAAAAUAAAUGGUGCCUGAAAUUAUAAUUCAUAUUAAUCCCUUUAUUCUAGUCUUUCUUGGUGCAGGUACUCGGGGUAGUUGUGACCUCAUUUUAUAUUCUGCCCCAGUUCUGUACAAUUCCAGAUGAAGAAGUUCAGCAGGAGUUCUGACAGCAGAAUCACUCCAGUCCAUAGAUGAGUAUUACAUUGUCUUAACAUAUCUUAUUGUACUGUUAUAAUUUGUUAAUCAUCAAAACCAAAACAAUAUUUUUUAAUAUUGAGAUUUAUAUUCUGUCUUUUCACUUGUUUUACUGUUAACUUUUUCUGUCUUUGAAGUACUUUGUCCCAGUCUAAGUGAUCUUAUUUGUUGACUGUAUAAAGGCAGAACUGUUUCUCAGUGACUGAAAAUAAACUGGGGCAUUUUAUUUGUUAAAGUGCAUUUCAAGAUAAAAAAAAAUAAUGAAUAGACUUGGAUCAUUGUUAUUGAUUAGUUAUUGCAUUUUUGUCAUGUUUUGUAUCACUCAUAUUUGCAUAGACUCCCUUUAAUCAGUUUUUUUUAUUCAUUGUUUUUGUUAACAGUCUGAAUACAUUAUAGCCUUACUCACAAGAAGGAUUAAGUACAAUAUUACAGGCCUGAUGUGGCCAGAUAUGCUUCAUUGUGGAAAAAGUCCACUGGAGGAUGCUGUGCAUGUGAUGACAUGUUUGAAAUAUUUGACAUAUUUGAAAAUUAUUUGACAUAUAUGAAAAUUAUUUGAUGAAGAUAAAUUGCACCAAGUAUGAAAUUCUUUGUUACUGCUCAGUAAUUUAGAAAAUAAAACUUUUUGAAGCUGUCUACUUUCAGAUCUUCAUCUGCUAUACUAGUAGUAACUUAAUAAAAUAUGUCUAUUGUUUAUGGCAUUACAUUUUUUCCUGCAUAUCUUGAAACUUGUCAUACUUUUCUCUGUAUUCCAAAAUUGAAGAAUUUCCAACUAGAAGGAAUUAUAGUUGGCAAUUCUCUCUUACAAAAGUAAGGCAAGUAUUGCAAUUGCUUUAUAUAAACAGAUUCUGUGCAUAAAAUGAAAACUUGUUUAUGUUCAAGGUAAUACUCCCAGUGCCUCACAAUUCCAGGAAUAGGGAAAAAAUCUGGAAAAAGUGGGAAGAUGUAUUUGGCUAUUUAGUAAGUUGAAACAAGCUUGGCACUGUAGAA